AUGAAUCCUGGCCAAGAUUCAUAUAUCAAUCCGUUAUCCAAAGUUCCAAAUCAUGGAAUAAAUGAAAACCCUAUCGCAUUUGCCCUGAUUAAUUCAGAGGAAACUAUUUCAGAUGAAAAUAAUCCAAUCACCUAUGGAUAUUCAUCUCAAAUGAUCUUCAUAGAAGAGAAGUUACUUCCAUAUGCUGGUGGAAGUUAUGAAACAGCAUCAAGUGUUGCUGGAGGAGAAGGUCAACCACCACCACAUCCAGUUACCAUUCCAAGAAUGCUUGGAAAUGGCCCAUCUCUACUAGAUUUGAGAUUGCCAUCCAAUGUACUGGAAUAUAUACUCGAACUCUUGAGAACUAACUCAGGUCCAGGAUCUGUACUAAACGAAAAGGUUGCACAAUCUGAAAAAGAUGAAAAGGAAGCCAAGGAUUUUGAUAUCUUCAAUCCUCAUCAUGAUCAUCAUGAUCAUCAUGAUAAGAACGAUGAUGACUAUGACUACAAUCUAAAUUAA